AUGGAUUCACAGCAACGCCAUUGCUCCUCUGCAUCCCCUUCUUCAGCGUCAUUGACCCCAGAGUUCACCAUCGAUUGUGAGACGAGAGUGGUCGGACAUCUGGAGGCGGCGCUCGGUGGUGAUGACAGAUCUAAAGUCGGAGGUUGUAGAUAUGAAGGCGAAUGCACCAGAUCUGAAGGUAAAUGCUUCAGAUCUGAAGGCGGCGGCUCCGAAUCUGAAGAUUGUUGUAUUCCGGCAACGACGACGGUGUCGGCGGUGGUGCCGGCGUUGGUGGUGGUGGUCGGCAGCGGUAGAAGUUACAAUAUGUCCAACAUUGCAAAGCUCGAGUUUGCAGCACUUGAAGUUAGUGGGAAAAACUAUGUGCCAUGGAUGAUAGAUGUAAAAAUGCAUCUUGAGUCCAUGGGAAUCUCAAAUGCUAUAAAUGAAUUUAAUAAUUGCUUGGCACAAGACAAAGCAAGAGCACAAGUUUUCCUUCGUAAGCAUAUUGAUGAAAUGUUGAGAUUUGAAUAUCUUGAUGUUACUGAUCCAAGUAUUCUCUGGAAUCUUUUAAAAGAAAGAUUUGAUCAUCAAAAGGAAGUGAUACUUCCAAAUGCUAGAGAUGAAUGGAGAACACUAAGGUUUCAAGACUUCAAGAAAGUAAAUGAAUACAACUCAGCUUUGUUCAGAAUAUGUUUACAACUCAAGUAUUGUGGACAAGAAGUUACCGAUGAAGAUAUGUUGGAGAAAACUUACUCCACAUUUCAUGCAACAAACAUUACCUUGAUGCAACAAUAUCGGAUGCAAAAGUUCACAAGAUAUUUUGAACUAAAUGCAUGUCUGCUUGUUGCAGAGCAAAACAAUGAGCUCUUGAUGAAAAACCAUGAAUCUCGUCCAACGGGAUCAGUAGCACUUCCUGAAGCAAAUGCUACAAAUAUUGAUGGUCAUCAGAACAAUACACGUGGACGAGGCUGUGGCUAUUUUAAUCGAAACCAAAGCCAUAAUCAGAACCAUAAUUUUGGUCGUGGACAAGGUAAUAAUCGUGUUUGUGGCCAUAAAAAGAAUAAUUACCAAUCUUCACAAAGAAACAAUGUCCAUACACAAGAUAAGGCCAAAGUGGCAAGAUGUGGUAGCACAGGCCAUUGGUCAAGGACCUGUCGCACACCUGCACAUCUUUGUCAACUUUAUCAAGAGUCCAUUAAAGGAAAAGGAAAAGAAGCAAACCUCGAUGAUAAUGUUGAAUUCGCUCCGCUAACUUUUGAUGAAUUCUACAAUGAGAUGGAAGACAUAAACUAA